UCUCUCUCCCCUUUUUCUCCCAUCCACCCAGCCCUUUUUUAGUUUUUUCUUUCUCACCAAAUCCUUCCUAUAUUCUCUUAAGAGCUUUUUCUCGCUCGAAAACAUACUGAACAGUCAUCAAGAGAGGGAGAGAGAGGAACACGUACUCCCAAGCCUCGACCACCAUGAUGCACGACCCUUAUGCUCCUAGAUCUAAGUCCAGCAGCAAAGGCCGUACUAAUUUAGCUUCUUGUAUAGUGGCCACAGUUUUCCUUCUCAUCCUCGCCGCCGGGGCUGUUGUCGCUUACUUCUUGCUUCUUAAGCCCAAAGCUCCCAAGAUAGCCGUGGACGCUGUCCAGUUCCCCACUUUCUCCGCUUCCAACGGCACCGUCAACUUCACCUUCUUCCAGUACGUGACCGUCACCAACCCCAACCGGGACGAGUUCACCCAUUACGACAGCUCCCUGCAGCUGGUCUAUUCCGGGCAGCCCGUCGGCCUGGUGUUCAUUCCCGCCGGCAAGAUCCAGGGCGGCCGGGCCCAGCACAUGUCUGCUAAGUUCAACGUUCAGUCUUACCCUUUGCCGCCUGCUGUGGCAGCAAGAGUUGGUGACAACCAAGCUGCCGCCGCCGCCGCUGGUGGUGGGGGGUCGGUGGGGCCCAUGGUGGCAGGCCCCACCAUGGAGAUAGAGACGAGGAUGAAGCUGGAAGGGAGGGUGCGGGUGCUGAAGGUGUUCACCCACAGGGUGGACACCGGGGUGAGGUGUGGAGUGGUGAUUGAGGUCACCCGCGGUUCUGUCUUGGGUUUCCACUGCUGAUGAUGCUGGCUUUCUUUUUUUAUUUUAUUUUAUUUUCUUUAUUUAACGUAGUACUAGUAAGAUUGAGUAAAAUGGCUAGGCCAAGCCAAGCCUAGUAGGUAAGGUAACAUUUGUUAUGGUGUUUGUGCUGUAAAUGCAUCCAAUUAGAAAGUGCACCGCCAAAAGGGAAAGAAAACUCUGCACUUUCGGUGUGAGGUGUACCUAACUAGCGAAGGAGAGAGGUAGUAUUGCAAUUUGUAAAUUUUAGGAGCAGCAGCUACUGGGUUUUGUAUCUACAAAAAAAAUUUCCAAGAAUUGUUAAUGCAUUCCUAACAUGGAGUUUAAGCAAGGAUUGGUAUGGUAUGAUAAUAAAUCCUCCCAUCCCAUCCCAUCCUCUUGUAGCCAAUUGCGAAAAGUAAACAAACAUGAAAGGAAUUUGAAGGAGUGCAAUGCUUAUUUCCUUCUUUUUUCAUCA